AUGGCCAGCAAAUACGCAUUCACUCAAGGCCUUCGUGAGCUGCGGUUCCAUCUCUGCAGUUCAGGUCAGGGAAGCGAAGCAGCAAGAUCAUUCCUUAAGCGCGCAUAUCCCACAAUGAAGCAUCACAACCCCAGUACCCCGAUUUUAAUACGAGAAGCUACGGGUGUAGAGCCAAAAGUGUGGGCGAGAUAUGGACUCGGAAAAGAGAAAGUAGAGUCAUUAUCGGGACUUUCGGCCAAGGAGAUCGAAGACAAAGUCACCACGCUCGUGAAGAGCGAAUAG